AUGGGAUUAUACUCAACUGGAAGUGGAGCGGGAAACCCACUCUCUUCCGCUUCCAUGAGCACCACGCCUCGUCACCUCUUGCUUCGAAAGCCAACCCCUCGCCAUCACCAACUUGGUUUCCUCUCAACUUUUGCUUCUCCUCUUCUGCACACCUCUUCAGGAUCAAGAGCAUGCAAUUCAAGUUGUCAGAGGUCAUCUACAGAGAAUAUAGGCAGAAAAAUUACUUGUAGCCUACUAAAAGUGGAAGACGACGCAAAUGACGAGUCAUGUGAGUUAGUCAGUGGAGUGGAACUUUCAGUUGGUGAGGGUGUUGAUAACAUCAAUGCUUAUCUCUUCAAGGCAGUGAAAAAUAAUAAUGGAACUGGGAUACUUCUCUUGUCCGAUAUCUUUGGAUUUGAAGAUUCAUCCACAAGAGAGUUUGCCUAUCGUGUUGCGUGCAAUGGUUACAAUGUUUUGCUUCCAGACCUAUUUCGUGGAGAUCCAUGGACAAAGGAUCGACCAAAGAAUCUUUUUGAUAAGUGGAUCUCGGAACAAGAACCUCAGAGGAUUGCAAAAGACAUUGCCACAUCUGCAAAAUGGAUGGUUGAUGAAUUUUUGGCUGCAGGAAUCUCAAAGAAGUUUGGCUUGAUAGGAUUCUGCUUUGGAGGUGGCAAAGUGAUUGAAGUCCUAGCCCAGGACCAGGGCGCUUCUUUUGGCACUGGGGUCUCCUUUUAUGGAACAAGGAUCGAUACGUCUGUGGCAUCUAAUGUUAAGGUUCCGAUCUUGUUUAUUUCCGGGGACAACGACCCACUCUGUCCUGUCAACGUCCUAGAGAGUAUUGAGAGAAGCAUUGGCAGGGGGUCCAGGGUGGUAGUUUUCAAGGGUAGAGGUCAUGGCUUUGCCCACCGACCUCAAUCAUUUGAAGAAGACGAAGAUGCAGAGCAGGCUUUCAUGAUGAUGAAAAAUUGGCUGAAUGAUGGCUUGGUUGCAAAUACCUGUUAG